UCCUGCGGAGACCGCACCAUGAAUCUCCAUGACUACGGGAUGCUGUUGCCAUGCGGCAUCGACCGUUUCCGAGGGGUGGAAUUUGUGUGUUGCCCAGCGGAGACACAGCGCGAGUCAGACAGCGUGGAGAUGACUGAGUCUGACGUGUGGUGGGGCGGAGCCGAGACUGAAUACACCGAUAACAGGUACACACACAUGCAAACACGCACGCACACACACACACACACAUGCAUGCACAAACAAACACAAAAUGCAUACACACAAAUAUGCACACAUAAAGGCGCAGGUGCAUACAGACAGACACAAACACACAGACAUUUAAGCACGCACCGAUCAUCUUAAAUACUUACUCAAGUUCAUAAACCAGUGGUUAAAGCCUUUUGACAGAACCUGCACAACCAGACUACACACACUCAGACUCACAUUACACCCUCUCUCCCUACAGCAUGCCUCGCCAGGCGGAUCAGGGGGCUGUCACCACUGAGUAUGAUGAGGAUGAGGAAGAGGAUACCUUUGACAGAGACGAGGACGGAGACGGUCUUGAGGAUGAAGAUGAUGAUGAUGAUGAGGAUGAUGUGACCGACGAACGGGACAGUGGUGAAGGCGCCUCCAACAUCGCCAUGACAACCACCACCACGACCACUACUGAAUCGGUUGAGGAAGUUGUCAGAGGUAAGAACAGGCCAUGGAUGGAAAGAGAUUAAUACUGUUUUGUUUGUUUGUUUUCCCCAAGGAUUUCUGGGGGUUUCAAAAGAUGGAUAAGAUGCAGUUUCAAAAGAUGGAUAAGAUGUGUGUAUGUUUGAACAUGUUGUGUAAACACACCCAAGCAGUGUGUGUGAUUGCGCUGUGUGAGUGUGUGUUUUAAGAGUGUGUGUCUCUCUCAGAGGUGUGUUGGGCGCGUGCUGAGUCGGGCCCGUGCCAUGCCAUUCUGGAGCGGUGGUACUUCAUGCCAGAGAAGGGCACCUGUGCCCCCUUCCUCUUUGGAGGGUGCGGGGGCAACCGGAAUAACUUUGACUCAGAAGAGUACUGCCUGUCUGUCUGCAGCACCAGUGUGUGUAAGUCCCUGGACUGGACCCCUGAAAUGGACCUCUAGGCCCCUUGCCUUGGGGACUAUCCCCUAUGCUGUCUGCCUCUCUGACCUCUCUGUCUGUCUAACACAGUUUACCUGUCUGUCUGAUAGCUCUUAGACACUUGUUGCUCUGAAAGGGGAAGAUUUUUCAGUUCUAUACUGAACAAAAAUAUAAAUGCAACAUGCAACAAUUUCAAAGGUUUUACUGAGUUACAGUUCAUAUAAGGAAAUCAGUCAAUUGAAAUAAAUUAAUUAGGCCCUAAUCUAUGGAUUUCACAUGACUGGGAAUAAAGAUAUACAUUUUAUUGGUCACAGAUACCUUUUUUUAUGUAGAGGUGUGAAUCAGAAAACCAGUCAGUAUCUGGUGUGACCACCAUUUGCCUCAUGCAGCACGGCACAUCUCCUUCGCAUAGAGUUGAUCAGAAUGUUGUCCCACUCGGAAUGUUGUCCCACUCCUAUUCAAUGGCUGUGUGAAGUUGCUGGAUAUUGGCAGGAACUGGAACACUCUGUCGUACACGUCGAUCCAGAGCAUCCCAAACAUGCUCAAUGGGUGACAUGUCUGGUGAUUAUGCAGGCCAUGGAAGAACUGGGACAUUUUCAGCUUCCAGGAAUUGUGUAUAGAUCCUUGCGACAUGGGGCUGUGCAUUAUUGUGCUGAAACAUGGUGAUGGCAGCGGAUGAAUGGUACGACAAUGGGCCUCAUGAUCUCGUCACAGUAUUGCCAUCGAUAAAAUGUAGUUGUGUUCAUUGUCCGUAGCUUAUGCUUGCCCAUACCAUAACCCCACCGCCGCCAUGGGGCACUCUGUUCACAACGUUGACAUCAGCAAACCGCUCGCCCACACAACGCCGUACACGUGGUCUGCGGUUGUGAGGCCGGUUGGAUGUACUGUAAAAUUCUCUAAAACAAUGCUGGAGUUGGCUUAUGGUAGAGAAAGGACAUUCAAUUCUCUGGCAACAGCUCUGGUGGACAUUCCUGCAGUCAGCACGCAAAUUGCACGCUCCCUCAAAACUGAAGACAUCUGUGGCGUCGUGUUGUGUGGCAAAACUGCACAUUUUAGUGGCCUUUUAUGGUCCCCAGCACAGGGUGCACCUGUGUAAUGAUCAUCCUGUUUAAUCAGCUUCUUGAUAUGCCACACCUGUCAGGUGGAUGGAUUGUCUUGGCAAAGGAGAAAUGCUCACUAAAAGUUUGUGCACAGAAUGUGAGAGAAAUACGUUUUUUGUGCAUAUGGAAAUGUUCUGGGAACUUUUAUUUCAGCUCAUGAAACAUGGGACCAACACUUUACAUGUUGCGUUGAUAUUUUAGUUCAGUGUAGAUUUUGCAUCACUUUACGUUUUCAUUGAAUUUCAUUAAAGAGAUAUUCUGUCACUUUUAGAGGGAAAUGGAAGGUCAAUGAAAAGCACUGCUUUUAAGACUUUUAUUGAUCUUUCAUUUCCCUCCAAUAGUAGUUAUUACUGAUUAACCGUUACUCUGGAUAGCUAAGACUGUUUUACCGCAACAAACCUUGAGGGUCUGGAUCCAUCUCAGCUAUUGAGGAAGUGCAGUGUUCCUACAAUAUACAGUCGUGGUCAAAAGUUUUGAGAAUGACACAAGUAUUGCUCUUCACAAAGUUUGCUGCUUCAGUGUUUUUAGAUAUUUUUGUCAGAUGUUACUAUGGUAUACUGAAGUAUAAUUACAAGCAUUCCAUAAGUGUCAAAGGCUUUUAUUGACAAUUACAUUAAGUUUAUGCAAAGAGUCAAUAUUUGCAGUGUUGACACUUUUCAAGACCUCUGCAAUCCGCCCUGGCAUGCUGUCAAUUAACUUCUGGGCCACAUCCUGACUGAUGGCAGCCCAUUCUUGCAUAAUCAAUGCUUGGAGUUUGUCAGAAUUUGUGGGUUUUUGUUUGUCCACCCGCCUCUUGAGGAUUGACCACAAGUUCUCAAUGGGAUUAAGGUCUGGGGAGUUUCCUGGCCAUGGACCCAAAAUGUUGAUGUUUUGUUCCCCGAGCCACUUAGUUAUCACUUUUGCCUUAUGGCAAGGUGCUGGAAAAGACAUUGUUCGUCACCAAACUGUUCUUGGAUGGUUGGGAGAAGAUGCUCUCAGAGGAUGUGUUGGUAUGUAAUGUAAUGUACCAUUCUUUAUUCAUGGCUGUGUUCUUAGGCAAAAUUGUGAGUGAGCCCACUCCCUUGGCUGAGAAGCAACCCCACACAUUAAUGGUCUCAGGAUGCUUUACUGUUUGCAUGACACAAGACUGAUGGUAGUCCUCACCUUGUCUUCUCCGGACAAGCUUUUUUCCGGAUGCCCCAAACAAUCGGAAAGGGAUUCAUAAGUUCUAGUUCCAAGAUGGCAUAGCAGUGGAACUAGCUAGCUGCAACCGAAUGGCUGUUGUCGUUGUUGGCUAAUCACCACUGUCCUGAAGCUAACCCCAGUUAGCCUUGAGCUAGCCUCGAGCCAGGACCAUCUCCCGGCUAUCUACCUCUCUGUCAACCGGACGGGACCUCCUGGUGUUGACACGGAGUCCCGCCGAUCCAUCACGACUGGUCUGCCGACGUAAUCAUCUGAUGUGGUUUCAACAGGCUUCCCGUUGCGAUGACCACUAAGAUCCAUCUGCUAGCCCCGGGCCCGCUAGCACACGCAAUCAACAGACGUGCCUCCAGCUCGCCUGUAGCGUAGCAGCCACUGAACUGCUCCCGGACUUACUUAUUGCUGUUCACUGGACAUAAUGAUCACUCAGCUACACAGCUGAUGCCUGCUGGACUGUUCCUUUAUACAGUACCCCAUCCUGUUUAGCCUCAGCUCAAACUUUCUUCGCCAUUACCAGCUGUUGUCUUAGCUCUCUCGAAUAACACUUGUGACUGCUUUAUGCCUCUCUCCCAUGUCAAUAUGCCUUGCCUAUUGCUGUUUCGGUUAGUUCUAACUGUACUUUUUCAAUGUAGAGCCCCCAGUCCUGCUCAACCUGUCUCAGAUAGCUCCUUUGUCCCACCCCCCACACACGCGGAGACCGGCUCAAUCGGUGCCUCCAGUGAUGCUAUCUCUUUCAUCUUUACCCAACGCUUAGGUUUACCUCCACUGUACUCAUAUCCUUCCAUAUCCUUGUCUGUACAUAAUGCCCUGAAUCUAUUCUACAACGCCCAGAAAUCUGCCCCUUUUUUAACUCUGUACCCAACGCACUAGAAGACCAGUUCUUAAAGCCUUUAGCCGUAUCCUUAUUCUACUCCUCCUCUGUUCCUCUGGUGAUAUAGAGGUUAACCCAGGCCCUGUAGCCCCCAGUAUCACUCCUGCUCCCCAGGCGCUAUCAUUUUUUGACUUCUGUAACCGCAAAAGCCUUGGUUUCUUGCAUGUUAACAUCAGAAGCCUCCUCCCUAAGUUUGAGUUAUUCACUGCGUUAGCACACUCCGCCAACCCUGAUGUUCUAGCAGUGUCUGAAUCCUGGCUUAGGAAGGCCACCAAAGAUUCAGAAAUGUCCAUUCCCAACUACAACAUUUUCCGUCUAGAUAGAACUGCCAAAGGGGGCGGAGAGUUGCAAUCUACUGUAGAGACAGCCUGCAGAGCUCUAUCAUACUAUCCAGGUCUGUGCCCAAACAGUUUGAGCUUCUACUUCUAAAAAUCCACCUUUCCAGAAAUAAGUCUCUCUCUGUUGCCGCUUGCUACAGACCCCCCUCAGCCCCCAGCUGUGCCCUGAACACCAUAUGUGAAUUGAUUGCCCUCCAUCUAUCCUCAGAGUUCGUAUUGCUUGGUGACCUAAACUGGGAUAUGCUUAACACCCCGGCUGUCCUACAAUCUAAACUAGAUGCCCUCAAUCUCACACAAAUUAUCAAGGAACCUACCAGGUACAACCCUAAAUCCGUUAACAUGGGCACCCUCAUAGAUAUCAUCCUGACUAAUUUACCCUCUAAAUACACCUCCGCUGUCUUCAACCAGGAUCUCAGCGAUCACUGCCUGUGUCCGCAAUGGGUCCGCGGUCAAACGACCACCCCUCAUCACUGUCAAACGCUCCCUAAAACACUUCAGAGAGCAGGCAUUUCUAAUUGACCUGGCCCGGGUAUCCUGGAUGGAUAUUGACCUCAUUCCGUCAGUAGAGGAUGCCUGGUUGUUCUUUAAAAGUGCUUUCCUCUCCAUCUGAAAUAAGCAUGCCCCAUUCAAACAAUUCAGAACUAAGAACAGAUAUAGCCCCUGGUUCACCCCAGACUUGACUGCCCUUGACCAGCACAAAAAAACAUCCUGUGGCGUACUGCAUUAUCAUCGAACAGCCCCCGCGAUAUGCAACUUUUCAGGGAAGUCAGGAACCAAUGUACACAAUCAGUUAGGAAAGCAAAGGCUAACUUUUUCAAGCAAAAAUGUGCAUCCUGUAGCACUAACUCCAAAAUGUUUUGGGACACUGUAAAGUCCAUGGAGAAUAAGAGCACCUCCUCCCAGCUGCCCACUGCACUGAGGCUAGGAAACACUGUCACUACCGAUAAAUCUACGAUAAUCGAACAUUUCUAGUUACAGACCUAUAUCCAUUCUGCCCUACCUUUCGAAAGUGGUCAGUGGUUCAGUGGUCCUCUGUAGCUCAGCUGGUAGAGCACGGCGCUUGUAACGCCAAGGUAGUGGGUUCGAUCCCCGGGACCACCCAUACACAAAAAUGUAUGCACGCACGACUGUAAGUCGCUUUGGAUAAAAGCGUCUGCUAAAUGGCAUAUUAUUAUUAUUAUAAGUAUUUGAAAGCCAAGUUAACAAACAGAUGACCGACCAUUUCGAAUCCCACCGUACCUUCUCCGCUAUGCAAUCUGGUUUCCGAGCUGGUCAUGGGUGUACGUCAGCCACACUCAAGGUCCUAAACGAUAUAAUAACUGCGACCGAUAAAAGACAGUACUGUGCAGCCGUCUUCAUUGACCUGGCCAAGGCUUUUGACUCUGUCAAUCACCACAUUCUUAUUGGCAGACUAAAUAGCCUUGGUUUCUCAAAUGACUGCCUCGCCUGGUUCACCAACUACUUCUCUGAUAGAGUUCAAUGUGUCAAAUCGGAGGGCAUGUUGUCUGGACCUCUGGCAGUCUCUAUGGGGGUGCCACAGGGUUCAAUUCUCGGGCCGACUCUAUUCUCUGUGUAUAUCAAUGAUGUCGCUCUUGCUUCUGGUGACUCUCAGAUCCACCUCUAUGCAGACGACACCAUUUUGUAUACAUCUGGCCCUUCAUUGGACACUGUGUUAACAAACCUCCAAACGAGCUUCAAUGCCAUACAACACUCCUUCCGUGGCCUCCAACUGCUCUUAAACGCUAGUAAAACUAAAUGCAUGCUCUUCAAUCGAACGCUGCUUGCACCCGCCUGCCCGACUAGAAUCACUACUCUCGGCGGGUCUGACUUAGAAUAUGUGGACAACUACAAAUACCUAGGUGUCUGGUUAGACUGUAAACUUCCUUCCAGACUCACAUUAAGCAUCUCCAAUCCAAAGUUAAAUCUAGAAUCGGCUUCCUAUUUCGCAACAAAGCCUCAUCCACUCAUGCUGCUUCCAACACUCUACUCAGCAAAUUUAAUGUGGUCUAUCACAGUGCCAUCCGUUUUGUCACCAAAGCCCCGUAUACUACCCACCAUUGUAACCUGUACGCUCUCGUUGGCUAGCCCUCACUAACUAUUUGUCGCAAAACCCACUGGCUCCAGGUCAUCUAUAAAUCACUUCUACGCAAAUCCCCGCCUUAUCUUAGCUCAUUGGUCACCAUAGCAACACCCACCCGUAGUAUGCGUUCCAGCAGCUAUAUCUCACUGGUCAUCCCCAAAGCCAACACCUCCUUUGGUCCCCAUUCCUUCCAGUUCUCUGCUGCAAAUGACUGGAACUAAUUGCAAAAAUCUCUGAAGCUGGAGACACUUAUCUCCCUCACUAUCUUUAAGCAUCAGUUGUCAGAGCAGCUUACCGAUCACUGCACCUGUACACAGCCCAUUUGUAAUUAGCCCACCCAACUACCUCAUCCCCAUAUUGUUAUUUACAUUGUUAUUUAUUUAGCUCAUUUGCACCCCAGUAUCUCUAUUUGCACAUCAUCUUCUGCACAUCUAUCACUCAAGUGUUAAUACUAAAUUAUAAUUGUGCACUAUGGCCUAUUUAUUUCCUUACCUCCAUAACUUACUACAUUUGCACACACUGUAUAUAGAUUUUCUAUUGUGUUAUUGACUGUACGUUUUGUUUAUUCCAUAUGUAACUCUGUGUUGUUGUUUUUACCGCACUGCUUUGAUUUAUCUUGGCCAGGUCGCAGUUGUAAAUGAGAACUUGUUCUCAACUUGCUUACCUGGUUAAAUAAAGGUUAAAUAAAAUAAAAAAUAAAAAUCAGAGAAAAUGACUUUACCCCAGUCCUCAGCAGUCCAAUCCCUGUACCUUUUGCAGAAUAUCAGUCUGUCCCUGAUGUUUUUCCUGGAGAGAAGUGGCUUCCUCGCUGCCCUUCUUGACACCAGGCCAUCCUCCAAAAGUCUUUGCCUCACUGUGCGUGCAGAUGCACUCACACCUGCCUGCUGCCAUUCCUGAGUAAGCUCUGCACUGGUGGUGCCCUGAUCCCGCAGCUGAAUCAACGUUAGUAGACGGUCCUGGCGCUUGCUGGACUUUCUUGGGCGCCCUGAAGCCUUCUUCACAACAAUUGAACCUCUCUCCUUGAAGUUCUUGAUGAUCCGAUAAAUGGUUGAUUUAGGUGCAAUCUUACUAGCAGCAAUAUCCUUGCCUGUGAAGCCCUUUUUGUGCAAAGCAAUGAUGACGGCACGUGUUUCCUUGCAGGUAACCAUGGUUAACAGAGGAAGAACAAUGAUUUCAAGCACCACCCUUUUAAAGCUUCCAGUCUGUUAUUCUAACUCAAUCAGCAUGACAGAGUGAUCUCCAGCCUUGUCCUCGUCAACAAUCUCACCUGUGUUAAUGAGAGAAUCACUGACAUGAUCGCAGCUGGUCCUUUUGUGGCAGGGCUGAAAUGCAGUGGAAAUGUUUUUUGGGGAUUAAGUUCAUUUUCAUGGCAAAGAGGGACUUUGCAAUUAAUCUGAUCACUCUUCAUGACAUUCUGGAAUAUAUGCAAAUUGCCAUCAUAAAAACUGAGGCAGCAGACUUUGUGAAAAUUAAUAUUUGUGUCAUUCUCAAAACUUUUGACCACGACUGUAGGUCUGCUCUAGUGGGUGUACAGACGUCUUGGUACAGACAGAGGUUGACCUUUCAAUUAGGUAAUUCUGGUUUAAAAAAUAUGUAUAUUGACUUUUUCACGAAACGGAAGAGAUAUUAGGAAAUAUCUGCGCCGAUAUUAGCAGAGAAUGUCACUGGUGGAAAAUAGCCACUUCACUCACUCACUUACUCACCCUUUCACUCUUCUGCUUUUGCAAAGAUUAUUUUACUCACUCCAUCACUCAAUAACCAGCUCAAUAACACUGUGUGUGUGUGUGUGUGUGUGUGUGUGUGUGAGACAAUGUUUGUCAGGUGAUUUAAUGGUGGCCUGACCUGGCAGUGUCGGUUAGUGUUGAUGUUCUAACCGGCUUAACCUAACAACAGCAGUGUCUCUUUAUAUCACUGUGUCAGUGUGUGUGUUCAUGCGUGUGUCAGUGGGUUGAGUCUCUGUCUGUUUCCCAGCCCCAGCCUGGCUGUUCCACUCUUUUCCGGUACUUUCCGCCCAGUUAAGCACAACGCUCCUCAGCGGGAGAGGAUGACGCAGCGCCUACCCUGAUCCUGACUGGGCAGAAUUCACUUAUCUGAUCUCCAGUCUCCCGUAUCUCGCACACGCAUGCGCGUACACACACACUAAAAUAAUGUCAAGGCAGACCGAUAUAUCACCUGUCUCUCGCUGGCUGACAGUCUUAGCUGCUCUAACCAGUCUGUCGCCUCUUUUAACCUACAUGUUUUGACCUGUCUCUCUACCUGUCUGCCAGGUAUGUCUGUCUGUCUGUCUGUGUGGUUGAUCUGUCUCUCUACCUGUCUGCCAGGUCUACCUGUCUGUGUGGUUGACCUGUCUCUCUACCUGUCUGCCAGGUCUGUCUGUCUGUCUGUCUGUGUGGUUGACCUGUCUCUCCACCUGUCUGCCAGGUGUACCUGUCUGUGUGGUUGACCUGUCUCUCCACCUGUCUGCCAGGUCUACCUGUCUGUGUGGUUGACCUGUCUCUCCACCUGCCUGCCAGGUCUACCUAUCUGUCUGUGUGUUCAGACCCUGAAAGUCUCAGUACAGUUUCAGAUUACAGUGACAGAUAAGGUAGAAAUGUGGGAGGAGGGUAUGUCACUGUUUAACUUUUGAGUGAUGUCUUCACUAUUAUUCUACAAUGUAGAAAAUAGUAAAAAUAAAGAAAAACCCUGGAAUGAGUAGGUGUGUCCAAACUUUUGACUGGUAGUAUACCUUCUGUCUGGACCCUUUUGUGUAAAUCUCCUUUCUCCUCUAUCUCUUUUCCUCCCUCCUCCCCCAGUGCCCACCACGGCCCCCUCCCCCCCUGACGCGGUGGACCGUUACCUGGAGUCUCCCGGAGACGACAGCGAACACUCCAACUUCCAGAAGGCCAAGGAGAGUCUGGAGGCCAAGCACCGCGAGAGGAUGUCCCAGGUCUGUGUGUAUGAGAGUGAGAGAGAAAGACAGCGUGUGUGUUUGUGAAAGAGGGAGAAUGUAUGGGAGAGAGAGGGGUCCCUUCUCUGAUGUGAACAAAGGACAUUAAGGGAGUUCACUACACUACACACAAUCCUCUGAUGUCUGACUGACUGUGUCUAUCUAGGUGAUGAGAGAGUGGGAGGAAGCAGAGAGACAGGCCAAGAGUCUCCCUCGCGCUGACAAGAAGGCAGUCAUCCAGGUACAGUACCUGAGCUGUGUGUGUGUGUGUGUGUGUGUGCAUUCUAGUGUGUGUAAAUGUUUCUGUGUGCAGCACUUCCAGGAGAAGGUGGAGGCCCUGGAGCAGGAGGCAGCAGGAGAGAGGCAGCAGCUGGUGGAGACCCACAUGGCCCGAGUGGAGGCCCUGCUCAACAGCCGCCGUCACAUGGCCCUGGAGAACUACCUCAGCUCCCUGCAGGCCAACCCACCCAGGGUACGUAUAUACAGUGCAUUCGGAAAGUAUUCAGACCACUUGACUUUUUCCACAUUUUGUUACUUUAUAGCCUUAUACUUAUAGAAGUUGUUUAACGAGUUAUCAUCUCCCGAAUUAAACUCUUAGAAGAUAUAUGUUAUAUAUCGAUAAGUCACUUGUUAAAUAAUUAUCUCUUAUCAGUCUCAUUCUGAACGUUGCAUAAUCCUUGAACCUGCAAGAACCCUAACCUUAUUGAUGAAUCAGCAAUACACAAAUUGGCUUAAUUUUACUUACUAACUAACUAACUAACUAAAUAAUAACACACACACACACACAGGUUAUUGAUUACUAACGUAAUACAAUGAAAACAGGUCCCUAGUGGACUGGACUAACAAUAGCAUGAAUGCUUGGGUAGAAGGAGGGUUGGCUGAUUCAGAGAGAGGGGGUGGGGUGGGUGGGGGGGGGGGGGGGGGGAAGAGAUAAAGGAAUUCACCUAUCGGACAUUUAUAAACUACGCUCACGGAAAUACAAAUGCUUUGGACCCACUCAUUCUAGAAAUGCAACAUGUAUUUAUGUGUAGCUGUCCUCGAUAGUUGAGUUGAUGAUGUAGGACUCUGGUUUGCCCACCAGAGAUCCCAAUGUCCUGGGUAGAGUUUCUGUUCGUAGAGUUGGUUAGAAUGGAUACUUCAGCGUACCCUGUAGUUCGUAGCGUUGAUCUGUUAAAAUAAAUACUUCAGAUGUACCAACAGUUGUCUGAGAGGGAUUGUCCUUCCCAACUCGUGUCUUUAGUGAAUGUUCUCUAGACGACUAUACAUGCCAGCUGCAGACUGAGAUGAUAAGGUCCAGUGCGUUGUCUUUUUCUUCACCUCGUGUAGAGGUUGAGAGUUUCACCAUUUUGCAAUAUUCAGCUCGCGCUGCAUGUCAGCUGGUCUGUAGAGUUUACACCAUUUUGUAACGUUUAGCUCACGCUUCACGUCUGCUUGUCUGUAGAGUGUCAACCAUUUUAAGCCGUGGGGCUUUCUGGUCUAACCAUUUUAAACCGUGUAGCUUCACCUUCAGGCUACCUGGUCUGGUAGAAAUUCAACCAUUUGCAACAUCCUGCUUAUACCGUAGUAUGCUUGGUCUGAGGUGAAUUUCGUCAGGAGGGGUUUUAUACUUGAAUAGAAAAGGGGGCGUUUCAUCAUGUUUGGGCUCAUCUGGGCGUGGCCACUGACUGAGAACAAGUCAAUAUGGAAAACAAUCAUCUCAUCUAGAAUGCUAAAAUCACAUUGUUAUCUUCACAAAAAUCAUUCAUUUUAUACAACAAUUAGAAGCAAACCUCAUAACUGGGAAGUGUACACCCCCAGAGAUACAGUUAUGUUGUUCCACCGUCUUUAAUGACAUCACAACAUAGUAACGAAUUCUUUAAGUCCCCACCGACCAUUUCUACCACAAAGAAUGUGGGAAAUAUUGUUUCAUUAUCUACUUUUGGAUGUUGGCGUUUUGGCGGGAAGAAUCUCUGUUAACAAAGGGGUCCUUUCUCCCAAAACUUCAUGGCAAGGAAGAGAAAGUCUGCACAGUAUUUAUGACCGGUCAUUAAACUGGCCCCCAGGAGAGGGGGUGUUCAAACCUUUGCCUAGCCGGCAUCUUUGAUCCUCAGCCCAUGAGGGCAAGUCAUGAAACAAUACUCCAUAAUGACAAAGCAAAAACAGGUUUUUAGAAAAUUUUGCAAGCCUGUCCUCCCCAAUUAAGGUGUCCCUCAUCCCCUUCUCUCUCUGUCCCUCAGCCUCGUCAGGUGCUUGGCCUGUUGAAGAAGUAUGUCCGUGCAGAACAGAAGGACAGACAACACACCCUGAAACACUACGAACACGUCCGCAUGGUGGACCCCAAAAAGGCUGCUCAGAUCCGACCCCAGGUACCCCAACAACCCCCAACCGCUAUAAUACACUACAUUACCCACAAACCUCUAAGCUCAACCUUCAACCACCCUACACUACCCACAAGCCCCUACAGCCACUCUGUGUCCUGUGUAACUCCUUUGACCUCUGCACUUUGCCCUUCUCCUCUAGGUGAUGACCCACCUGCGUGUGAUUGACGAGAGGAUGAACCAAUCCCUGGGGCUGCUCUACAAUGUGCCCAGCGUGGCCAAUGAAAUCCAAGACCAAGUUUGUGAGUGUCACCCUACUCCUACCCAUAUACUGCAGUGUCAUGAUAUUAUUCAGUCUAUACACUCAGUGUAGUACUGUGUUGUGUUAUUACAGAGAUAUUGUACAGAUUAUGCUUUUUCCUUUCUGCCUAUUGUUCAUUCUCUAAUUUUCACUCUAUUUUCCCCUUCUCUCUCUCUCUCUCUCUCUCUCUCUCUCUCUCUCUCUCUCUCUCUCUCUCUCUCUCUCUCUCUCUCUCUCUCUCUCUCUCUCUCUCUCUCUCUAUGUGUAGCUGUCCUUAUGCAGAGGGUUCAGUCAGAGCUGUCUCAGCAAGUCUCAUCUCUGCAGAGCGAUGGGAGGGUGAGUUUCACACAUACACAGGCACGCACACUCUUGCUCAUAAAAAUAGUACAAUCUCUCCUAUCUCACAAACACGUACACCCAGAUAGAAAUUCAGUCAUGUGUAUCCUGUGUUUGUAGACUGAUGGCAGGGUGAGCUAUGGAAACGAUGCCCUGAUGCCCGACCAGGCUUACAGCUCUGCCCCUCUGGACCCUGGCAUGGGCCUGGAUCGACUGGGCUUUAUCCACCCAGAGAGCUUCAACCAGCCUAACACCGACAACCACGGUAACAAACACAUGCACGCACAGUCACACAACCAGCCUAACACACAGCCUAGCGAACCACAGCAAUACACACAAGACAACUGUUUCAUGCAUUAUCCAUUAAAUUGGUCAUUCUCUAAAGCUUUUAGUCAGUGACUGUUUCCUCUGUUAAAACAGUUGAGCCUGUUGAUGCUCGUCCCGUUCCAGAUAAAGGUCUUCCCACUCGACCUGGUAAGUGUUUGCGUGCAUGUAGUAUGUGUAUGAUUGUGUUUAUACUGUAUGGGCAUGUUUGGGUUAUGGUUGUGUUUGUCUCUUUUUGAUGAUGUGUGUAUUUGUAUGAUGUUCUCUCCCUCUCUCACUGUGUGUCUUCAGUCUCUGCUCUGAAGCCUGAGGAGUUCCCUGAGGUGCGGAUGGAGAAGGAGGAGCGGCAAAGCGCCAGCUAUGAAGUGCAUCAAAAACUGGUACAGAAACAUACAGUACAGUAACUACAGUGUAGACUGGUACAUGUUCAUACAUGUGUAUCACAAACUGGCUCAGUAGCCCAAGCUCACAUGUUUAUGAUAGAAAUGGGAACAUUUGUAUAACGGUUUAUCUGUGCAUUGGAGACUGGUAAAUAAUGUUCUCUUUACAAUAUAUAACUGCAGAAACACUCAACACCUCCAGUUUGAUUGACGGGUGUUGUUGUGUUGAUUAUUACCAGGUGUUCUUCGCUGAGGAUGUGGGCUCCAACAAGGGCGCCAUAAUCGGCCUGAUGGUGGGCGGGGUUGUCAUAGCGACGGUCAUUGUCAUCUCUCUGAUCAUGCUGAGGAAGAAGCAGUAUACUUCUAUCCACCACGGAAUCAUCGAGGUGAGAGAGAGUGCUUUCUGUGUGUCUGCGCGUUGGUGUUCUGUACCUGUGUGUUAACCUGGUGUGUGUGUGUUCUAGGUGGAUGCUGCAGUGACCCCAGAGGAGCGUCACCUGUCCAAGAUGCAGCAGAAUGGCUAUGAGAACCCCACCUAUAAGUUCUUCGAACAGAUGCAGAACUAA